UGCGAAUAACGGACCAUGCUCACAUCUCAGCUGACCCCUGGUGACCCUAGCGGCUCCAAACGUGUGAAUUCGCCCCCUCCCUUUUUUUUGCCAGAAUUUGGGCUUCAAACCGGAGGAGAGAGACUUUAUAAAUGACAGACUACGCUGAAGAGCAGGACAACGAGAUAGAAGCGCUAGAAUCUAUUUAUCCUGACAUCUUGGAGGUUUUAGAGACAGAGCCUCACUGCUUCAAACUCUCCCUGUCAGCAGAGACAGACAGCCAUGAAGAAGGAGCCCCGCUGGGGGUUGACCUGCAGUUCACCUACGUGCCGACCUACCCCGACGCCCCCCCUGAGAUGGAGGUAUUGUCGCCACAGAACCUCACCGAGCAGGACGUCAGCUCCAUACAGGACCUGCUGCAACAACAGGCUGAGGAGAACCUCGGCAUGGUGAUGGUGUUCACUCUGGUGUCAGCUGUGCAAGAGAGACUGAGUGAACUGGUCGAGGAGAAGAAGAAACAGGCGGAAGAAGAGAGGGAAAGAAAACAGAGAGAAGAGGAAGAAAAAGAAAAGAAAAGAUUUGAGGGCACCAGAGUCACUAUAGAAACCUUUCUGGCAUGGAAAGACCGGUUUGACCAGGAAAUAGCGGAAAAGAAGAAAUCUAAAAAAGAAGAAGACAACAGUAAAAAGUUAACAGGAAAACAGCUAUUCGAACGGGACACAUCACUGAACGACUCAGACGCAAGAUUUCUGGACAAUGAAGACAUUACUCUUGGUGCAGGUGAUGAGAGCGUGGAGGUCGACGAGUCACUGUUCCAAGACAUGGCCGAUCUCGACCUUGACGAGGAGCUUGACCUUGAAGACUGAGGAUCAUCCUUAAAGACAUUGUGCAGCUUCUCAGGAGAGACAAGACCCGGUGGUUAUUCUGGAUGCCGACAUCUAAGACUCACAAAACAACUUAAGGGCUUACAGACACUACAUAAGGACUCCCUGACAUAUUGCAGAAUUUUCACCAGGUUUUUAAUCCCUCUUUAAUUCCCAGAACUUUCCAGUUUUAAAGUCAGAAAUUAUGUCUGUGGGUUGUUGCAUACAUGUUGUAUGAAGUAUUUCAAAACGUGCUGCUCCUUUGACAAACCUGUAAUGUAUUGUGCAAAGCAGGGAUGACAUCCUGUCUAUACUUUUCGAUAAGAUAUUGUCAGUAAUGGGCAAAUUUCAACGAAAAGUAAAAAAAAAAUCAAAAUCUGGGUUUUGCACAGGCACAAUACAUUCUGCCAACUGUCUCUUGUAUGUGGUAUGUUCAGGCCAUGCCAAUUUAAUCUCUUGGUUCUCGUUUGUACGAAAUUAAUGGAGUGGGCGAGAACAAUGAAAACAAAAAGAAGGAACUUCAUUAAUAAAGUGAAAAAUGUAACAGCCCGGAAAUCAUGGACUUUCUUCCAACGAUCUUAGGCAUUAAUUAUAUCAGUGACUCAUGCUCAUAUGCUGAAAGACAUCCUGUACAUCUAUUUCUUUUUCAGAUCUCUCACUCACUCACUCACUCACUCACUCACUCACUCACUCACUCACU